AGCAGCAGGACCUGAUCAUGUCGUCUUCUUCUUCCUCCAAGAAGCUCCAUGUCUACGGCGGCAAGGCCUCCUUCAUGACCUGGAGGCUGCAUGACGUCCUCUACGUGGCCAAGCACCAUUGGAUACCCUGUGUCUUCGCAAUGGGCUUCCUCUUCUUCGGGAGCGUCGAGUUCACGCUCGGAAUGGUUCCCUCGUCGUCUCCGCCCUUUGAUGUCGGCUUCGUCACCACGCGCUCCCUCCACCUCCUCCUGGCUUCCAAGCCCAAGCUCAAUACAUUUCUCGCUGGUUUUAACACGGUGUAUGUGGGAAUGCAGAUAACAUAUAUUCUAUGGACAUGGCUAGUAGAGGGCCGCCCAAGAGCCACAAUCUCAGCGCUCUUCAUGUCCACAUGCCGGGGCAUCCUCGGCUACUCUACCCAACUUCCAUUGCCUCAGGGAUUUUUGGGGUCAGGCGCAGACUUCCCAGUUGGCAAUGUGUCGUUUUUUCUUUUCUUCUCAGGGCAUGUAGCAGGGUGUGCGAUUGCAUCUUUGGACAUGAGGAGAAUGCAGAGAUGGGAAAUGGCAUGGACAUUUGAUGCACUGAAUGUGCUACAAGCACUGAGGUUGCUGGGAACAAGGGGCCACUACACAAUAGACUUGGCUGUGGGGGUUGGGGCUGGUUUUCUCUUUGAUUCUCUGGCAGGCAAGUAUGAAGAAAGCAAGAGAUCAAAAGCACCUACACCAAAUGGUACCAAAGAGGCUUUCUUUCUGUGAACACAUGGAAACGUCAAAUUUAUUGGCGAGUCCUUAUUUAAUUAGGAUUUUAAUUCCUUACUAUGUUAGGAUUUUGAUCACUUACUUAUUUGUCUAGUCCUAUUAUAAUUGAGAUUGCUUUCUAGUAAAUAUAAAAAUAAAAAUAAAAAGUUUUGGGGUUUUCAUGAUACUGUUUUGUGUUUCUAAUAAAAUCGGUACCAACAAAGUGCUAUCAGUAACUCUGAAAAAAUUUCGACAAAAAAAAAAAAGAAAAACUCCGAAAUAUUUUUUUGAAAUCCAAUGACAGCGCUCACAUUUUAGUAUAAGAAGGGUGAAAUGAACCCUCCAUUAUAGAGCUAACUAAUCCAUUGACAAAAAAAAACAUAAAAAAUUAUUAUAUAAACUCUUGUACAGCAAAGAUUAGAAAUGGGGAGAAGCCUAAUCUCAUUAUCCUUUCUUAAAUCCGUCACAUUGUUAAAGUGAACAACUGGUCAAAAAAGCUUUGUAAAAGGAACAGAAAGAAAAAGAGAGUUUUGAAUGUACUGUGGGACAGAUUUAAGAGGGGAUAAUGGGGUUCGGCUCCUCCCCACUUCCUAUCUUUGUUUUGGAAGAACUUUCAUAUCCUUUUAUAUUUUUUGGUCAAUCAAUAGCAAAAAUUCUAUAGUGAGGGCCUUAUAGAUGUCCCUUAAGUAAGACCCUAUCUCUUAACCGUUGAAUCAAAUUAAUUAGCUAUUGGAUUUCAUUAGUUAGCCUGAUCCAACGUUUAAAGAUAGGACCUAACCUAAGGGCCAUAAUAAGGCUCGCACUACAGAAGGACUCCAAUCAAUAGGGAGUUAUAUAGUAGGGGAGUCUGUUUGCCUAUAGAGGUGGUAUGAAUCUGGGUUUUUUAAGUUGUGGGCUUAUAAGCCUUAUAGCACUUCACCUUCCCACCCCACAUUUUGGAACAGGAAAAGAGGAGAGAUGGCAUGCAUCGCAACAUUCACAUGCCUAAAUCCUUGUCGUAAGGGAUU